GCGAAAUGUUUCUUAACCUCAAAAAAGCCCCGUAUCGGUCUCUAAUGGCCGCUUCGGGCUCUCUCUCUUCCCUUCUCCUCUCUGGACCUCACUCUUUCCUUCCACCAAUUUCAAACCCUAAUCGUAAAUAUUAUCGUAACACUAACCCUAGUAUUCACCUUCCAUCUCGAACUCAAAUCCUCAAAUUCUCUGUGAAUUCAGAGUCCAAGAACGAGCUCAGCGACUACCCUGUCUCAGAGAAGAAAUCUUUCGCGGUUGCUACCGGUGAGCUUUUCCUUGGAAUCGCUUCUAGGAUCAUCAGGAGAAAGAAUGGAAAUGGGGAUCUUGUUUCUUUGCCAGUUACAAUGUUUAAGGAUACUGAGGAUUUGGAGGGGGAAUCGUAUGUCAGAGAGAGGAUUGAUUCGGUUGUGGAGGAUUCUGUUGAUUCGGGCGUUAUUUGGGAGCAGAGUUUGAAGGAUGUGGAGGCAGAGAGGGAGCUGAAAACGAUUACGAGCCCUGGAUUUAGCUUCUCUGCAGCUGGGUUGCUCUUCCCUUAUCAUCUGGGUGUUGCUCAGUUUCUUAUAGAGAAAGGAUACAUCAAGGAAACCACACCAUUAGCUGGUUCCUCAGCUGGUGCAAUAGUAUGUGCAGUGAUUGCCUCUGGAAACAACAUGCAGGAGGCCCUAAAAGCUACCAAAAUACUUGCUGAAGAUUGCCGGCUUAGAGGAACUGCAUUUCGCCUUGGGGCUGUUCUGAGAAAUAUUCUUCAAGAGUUUCUGCCUGAUGAUGUUCAUAGUAGGUCAAAUGGAAGAGUUCGUGUUGCUGUAACUCAGAUUCUAUGGAGGCCUAAAGGCUUACUUGUGGAUCAGUUUGACUCCAAGGAAGAUCUCAUUAAUGCAGUCAUCACUUCUUCCUUCGUCCCAGGGUAUCUUGCGCCAAGCCCUGCAACAAUGUUUAGGAAUCGACUUUGUGUUGACGGUGGUUUGACAUUGUUUAUGCCACCAACAUCUGCGGCUCAUACGGUUCGUGUUUGUGCUUUCCCGGCUGAUCAAUUGUCACUGAAAGGAAUUGGGAUCAGUCCACAUUGCAACCCAGAGAGCAGGGCUAGCAUUCGUCAGCUUUUUCAAUGGGCAUUAGAGCCAGCACAAGAUCAUAUUCUUGAUAGACUCUUUGAGUUCGGAUAUCUGGAUGCUGCUACAUGGGCAGAGCAUAAUCCAGUGGAGGAAAGAGUGGAAGAUCAGAGCAACCCCAACAGAUCCCAAGUUCAAGAUGACUUCACCCCAGAGAUGGUCUAAUACCUGAAGAUAUCCAUCCAGGUACUGUGGCACUAUGAGAUCCAAAAUCUCUGGGUGGUUUUAAGUCAUACCUGGAUUUUGGUACUCAUGCUUUCAAUGGGCAUCAGGUAAAAGGAAACACUGCCUUCUAAAUUCUAAAUCAUAGGAUUAAAGUUCUCGAUGUAACAACACUAUCGUGAAGGCUGUUCCAUUGGAUGGAUCAUCAGCAGCCAU